AUGUCAUUCAAGAUGCGUUCCCUUGGAAGAGCGGCCGCAGAUUUAGUAACUUUACAGCAUAUAACGUUACUAUCCUUGAAAGAGUCGGUACGACGAGGAGAUUUUGCCUCACGUGCCUUGGAUUCGACAUCUAUACCAGAUAUUUUCACCAUUGGCCAAGCGACUGUCCUUGUCUUUACAAACGAGGUCGAAGCUACCGUA